AAAAUUUAGUCGAGAAUCCGAGUCCGAGUGCAGUACACGUUUUUCGAAAUGUUCGCGUUACGGCUAUGCUGUCUUAUACCAAUAGUUUUGUUACUGCCAAAUCUAGAAGGAGCCCGCAUUCUAUCCAUAUUCCCCUAUCCGGGUCCUUCGCAAUACAUCAAUGUGGUGCCUUAUCUAAAGGCGCUUGCCUCGCGCGGUCACGAAAUAACUUCAGUGAACGCUUUUCCUCAGAAAAAGCCAGUGAAAAACUUCCGUGAUAUCGCCGUACUGGAAGUAUUUCAGUCUUACGAAAAGAUACUAAAAGAAGCGACUGAGGACAAAAAUGUAUGGCAGGAAAACAAUUUUAUGAACAAGUUCUUUAUUGACAUUACAAAGGCGGUAUUGAACAAUGUCAACGUACAGCAAGAGCUGCUAAAGCCUGGCAAGGAUCACUAUGACUUGAUCAUUGUGGAGACUUUACGCUUGGAUGCUUUGUACGGGUUUGCGGCGCACUUCAAUGCACCCAUCAUUGGACUGUCCACAUUUGGGACGGAUUGGAAUAUUGAUGAGUUAGUGGGUAAUCCUUCUCCGCUCUCCUAUACACCGCUUGUCACUGCGGGCUUGAGCGAUCGAAUGACAUAUUGGGAACGUGUGCAUAACUUUGUUGAGACCUCGGUGGCAUUGGUUAAUUGGAAGUUGAUACAUCGACCAGUUCAGGAAAAGCUCUAUGAACAAUACUUUCCUCAUAUCGCCCAUAAAGUGCCAUUGGUUGAGCUGAGCAAGAACUUUUCACUGGUGAUGCUGAAUCAGCAUUUUUCUCUGAGUUUUCCCCGUCCAUACGUACCAAAUAUGAUCGAGGUGGGAGGACUGCAUAUUUCUCAUACACCUGCACCACUGCCAAAGGAUAUUGAGGAAUUUAUUGAAGGUGCCGGAUCGGCUGGUGUCAUCUACUUUUCUUUGGGUUCCAACAUUAAAUCCAAGGAUCUACCAGAAGAGAGAAGGCAAAUGCUGCUGAAAACCUUUGCAAGUCUCCCUCAGCGUGUGCUGUGGAAGUUUGAAGAUGAUCAAUUGCCUGGAAAGCCGGACAAUGUUUUUCUUAGUAAGUGGUUUCCCCAACCCGACAUCUUGGCCCAUCCCAAGGUAAAACUCUUCAUUACACAUGGCGGCCUAUUGAGCACAAUUGAGAGCAUCCAUCAUGGCAAACCUGUGCUCGGCUUGCCAUUCUUUUAUGAUCAAUUCCUGAAUGUCGGACGCGCCAAGCGAGCAGGUUUCGGACUGGGCCUCGAUCAUAAAACGAUGUCAUCCUCUGAGCUCAAAAGUACCAUUGAACGGCUGCUUUCCGAGCCCGAAUUUUCGGCAACAGCCCAACAAAUAUCAGCUCGUUACCGUGAUCAGCCAAUGAGUCCACAGGAGACGGCCAUCUGGUGGACAGAAUAUGUUCUGCGGCACAAAGGAGCACAGCACAUGCGGGUUUCAGCACAGGAUUUGAGUUUUGUAGCAUAUCAUAGCUUGGAUGUGAUCGGAAUGUUCCUAGGAGUUGGAUUUUUGAUUCUCUUCAUAAUCUCAAUGGUGCUUAGAAAGCUAGUAUUGAUCUGCACUAGAAGUAAAAGUGCACCUAGAAAAAAUAAACUUAAAAAUCAGUAAGCGAAAAUCUACUGUUCAAUUCUCAUAAUACAUGUAAAUCAAAUGCUCUUUCAUUCGUUUAGCAAAGAACUAAUAAAAAUUUUAUUAUAACGUUGAUCGCAGGAA